CUCACGGUCAUCGGCACUGCCCAUACACUCAGUCCACCCUGGCGGGGACCUCACCAAUGACCUCCAUGAAAACAGGGUCCCAGACAAGCCAGUUGGUCUGAAGGCCGUGGCGCUGAAUGACCACAUCAGGGUGUGUUGGCAGCCCCCCGCACAGCACAAUGUGCUGCUGUGCGGCUACACCAUUGCCUGGGACCAAGGCGUGGCGGACAUCUACUCCAAGAUUGUGGACAGCAAGCAGCACGGUUACAUCAUUGAUAAGCUGGAACCCAACAUGGAGUUUGUGAUAAGCCUGCGAGCCUUCAACAACGUGGGUGACGGGCAACCGGUGUACCAGCAAGUCCGUACCCAGCCAGAGGAGGAGGAGGUGGUGGCACCCACGCUGGACCCGGCGGUGUGGGUGAAGGCCGUGGUGCUGACGCCCUUCACCGUGGUGCUGCAGUGGGCAGACACCAUGCUGAGCCAGAACCAGUACAACAGCUGCACCACCUUCUCGUCCUCAUCCUCCAGCCGCUACGUCAACGCCACGGAUGUGACCUGCCUCAUUGACAGCCUCAAGCCAUCAACAGUGUGUGAGUUUGCUGUGAAGACCAUCAGGGUUUGGCGUGAGUCCCCCUAUAGCCUGGUGGCCUCCAACACCCUGCUGGUGGCCUGACCGUCCUGGCCCUCCCUGGCCAGCCGUCCACCACCACCUUCACCCGGCAGCCGCUGCAGCGGAACAAUGGGAGGAUCACAGGCUACGUGAUAUUCCUCACCAUGGACCAAACUGUCAGUGACUGGGUGAUGGGGGAAGUGAUGGGGGACUGACGCCUUCAAGGAAGUAUUUGCACAAGAUGCACUCUCACAAUGUCAAAGGUUUUGGUCCAUUCUCCUCCGUGGAAAGCUUCACGACUCUUCCAGCUGUUGACAAGAGCAUCGGUGAGCCCCCUGGCUGGUGUGUGGAGCGAGAGGCCUGAUUGUGCUGGUGAUCGCUGGCGUGGCAGGAGCCAUGACCAGCUGGGGGCCUUCUUGGCCACCACACUGUACUGCCGCGGGUCAAGGCGGAGCCCAGGCCAAGCAUUGUUGUUGGCGGCAGCUGCAGUGAGAGCAACAAGCCUGGCGUCCAGCCUCCAGACCUGUGGAUCCAUCACGGCCACUUGGAGCUGAAGAACUUUGACAAGGGUGAGCGCAGCAACUCCCCCAACCACGCCUCCAUCAUCCAGCACACAGGAGUCGCGUCACAUCACAAUGGGACCAAAAAGGACGAGAAGGGACAAGACAAGAAGAAAAGGUCUUCUGCUGCCGCUGCUGCCUCUCCUGAUGAUGAUGAGCAACAAGAAGACACUCAAGAACAACCUGCCAAGAAAGUGAAGGGACGAUCCAAGAAGAGGUCAUCGUCUGCUACCGGGGAGACACCCCCUCCUCCAGCCCUCUUGCGUCACCAAUCCACUUGGACACAGAGCCCCAACCUGGUCAUGAUGAUGCUGGGGUGUGUCUUUUGCUCAAAAUCGGGAGCAAAUUCUUGGAGGAGAUUUGAAACUCGUAGUAGAUCCGGAGUUAUCGGUGUAGUUCGUCGUACAUUGUAGUAUUUCGUACUUACAAAUCGGGACAGUUGGUGUGGUUCGUGAUACUUCGUAGUACUUCGGCUCCAAAACUCGGCGUACUUCGGGAGAAAAUCAGGGUGAAAUCAUAGUACAUCGUAGCAUAUUGUAGUACGUCGUAGCACUUUGGGAAAUAAUUCGGUGUACUUCGGGGAAUAUGCCCUCGAGGUCGACCGAACGCCUCGAGAUGAAAAGAUAAACAAAUUUUCGUAGUGAUUCGGGGAAAACGCUGUCUCCCGAGGUACUACGAUUUUUUUGUGAUUCGGCGUCUGUGAGACCGGGGGGUAAGUGUGUUCUCUCAAAGUUUCCGAUAGUUUGGUCGCUGCUCUCUGUAUUCUUUCCAACUUUCUAAUUUCUUUCUUCAAUGUAGGUGACCACACUAACGCUGCAUAUUCCAGUCUUGGACGUAUCACCGAUGUUAUUAGUUUCUUCACCGUCUCUUCGUCUAGAUAUGUAAAUGCUGCUUUUAUGUUUCUAAGAAGAUUGUAUGUUUCCCCAGUUAUCCAAUUUAUAUGCUUCCCAAAGGAUAACUUGUCUGUUAUUGUCACUCCCAGAUCCUUAUUCUUCUGUUUUUUUCAUGAUUCUUUCAUUACUCAGAGAGUAGUUCCCCAAUAUCCGUCUACUGCUCUUACCAAACUCCAUCACACUACAGUUCUCUGUAUUGAAUGUCAUUUCCCAUUUGCGUGACCAUUCGCUUAUUCUAUCGAAAUCCUGACUCAAGGCUACACAGUCUUCUUCAUUAGCC